AUGUCAGCCCCAGGAGACCACCAGCUCUACAGGCCAGUAGUCACUGGCCUUGGGAGGAGCCUGGAAGUGGGCCGGGAGGUCCGGGCGCCCUUGGGCCCACUUCCUGAAGCCAGGGUUUCUCUCUCGGUGUCUGGAGCUAUAACUGGGGGUGGCGGCGUGCGGAGGGGGCAGGAGCAGUUCCUCCGCGGACGAGGCCAUCCCAAUGUGGAGGGGCCCGGAGAACCCCUGGGCGAGGGUAGUCCGGAGGUUUCCGAGGUUGGAGGUGCCCGGCUCACUGCGAUGGGGCGCUGGGCCCCCGGGGCGCCGAGCCGCACUCACGAUCCUGCUCUGUUGCAGAAGUGUCUGCGCCUGGACCCCGACGCGCCCGUGUGGGCCUCUAAGCAGCGCGUGCUGUGCACCCUCAACCACAGCCUGCAGGACGCGCUCAACUACGGGCUCUUCCAGCCGCCCUCCCAGGGCCGCGCCGGCAAGUUCCUGGAUGAAGAGCGGCUCUUGCGGGAGUACCCGCCCAACCUGGACACGCCCCUGCCCUACCUGGAGUUCCGGUACAAACGCCGUGUCUACGCACAGAAUCUCAUUGACGAUAAGCAGUUUGCAAAGCUCCACACGAAGGCCAACCUGAAGAAGUUCAUGGACUACGUGCAGCUGCAUAGCACGGAUAAGGUAGCCCGCCUGCUGGACAAGGGGCUGGACCCCAACUUCCAUGACCCCGACUCAGGAGAGUGUCCCCUGAGCCUUGCUGCCCAGUUGGAGAAUGCCACAGAUUUGCUGAAGGUGCUGAGGAAUGGCGGUGCCCACCUGGACUUCCGCACCCGGGAUGGGCUGACAGCAAUCCACUGUGCCACACGACAGCGGAAUGCAGCGGCCCUGACGACUCUGCUGGACCUUGGAGCAUCUCCUGACUACAAGGAUAGCCGUGGCCUGACACCAUUGUACCACAGUGCCCUGGGGGGCGGGGAUGCCCUCUGCUGUGAACUGCUCCUCCAUGACCAUGCCCAGCUUGGGGCCACGGAUGAGAACGGCUGGCAAGAGAUCCACCAGGCCUGCCGCUUUGGCCAUGUCCAACAUCUGGAACACCUGCUGUUCUAUGGAGCUGACAUGGGAGCUCAGAAUGCUUCAGGCAACACGGCCCUGCACAUCUGUGCUCUCUACAACCAAGAGAGCUGUGCCCGUGUCCUUCUCUUCCGUGGUGCCAAUAAGGAUGUUCGCAAUUACAACAGCCAGACAGCCUUCCAGGUUGCCAUCAUCGCUGGGAACUUUGAGCUCGCUGAGGUCAUCAAGACCCACAAAGACUCGGAUGUUGUGCCAUUCAGGGAAACCCCCAGCUAUGCGAAGCGGCGCCGGCUAGCCGGCCCCAGUGGCCUAGCAUCCCCACGACCUCUACAGCGCUCAGCCAGCGACAUCAACCUGAAAAGAGAGGGGCAGCCGGCAUCCUCCCCUGGACCCUCACUUCGAAGCCUCCCUCACCAGCUGCUGCUCCAGCGGCUGCAGGAAGAGAAAGACCGGGACCGGGGUGCUGAGAAGGAUGUUGGUGGACACAUGGCCAGGGGCACCAUCAGGCGGUGGGAUUUCCUGAUGGAGACUGACCAGGCCCGGCAGCAAACCCUGUGCUGGGACCCGGCAGCCUCCAGCAGGACCUUCUGUGAGGAAGGCGACAAGGUGGUGGCAUUAGGCGGCCCGGGCUGGUGCCGCUCUCCUGCGCCCCCUGUCGGCGGAGCCUGCCAGGAGCGGCUGGGCCAGAAGGGCCCGGAGCGAGCGGGAUUUCAACACCGACCUGGCCGCUCGCUGACCACCUCCCUUAUAUACUGCGGUCACCCUAUCACGUGCCUGGCCCUCGCAGGUCGCAGGGGCAGGGCGCGACGAGGCCCCGAGCAGAGGGGCGGGGCAAUGGGAGGGACCGAGGGGCCCAGCGGACAGAGGGGCCGGAGGGGCCGGGCCUCGCCGCCGCCCGCAGAGGGAGGAGCCCCAGCGGCCGCGGGAGGCGGGGCGCUAGCCGAGCGGCAUGGAGCGAGCCUGCUUUACAGCGCCGUCCCCGGCCGCAAGUUCAUCGCGGUGAAGGCGCACACCCCGCAGGGCGAAGGCGAGAUCCCGUUGCACCGCGGCGAGGCCGUGAAGGUGCUCAGCAUCGGGGAGGGCGGUUUCUGGGAGGGGACCGUGAAAGGCCGCACAGGCUGGUUCCCGGCUGACUGCGUGGAGGAGGUGCAGAUGAGACAGUACGACACAAGGCAUGAAACUCGAGAGGAUCGUACCAAGAGACUUUUCCGCCACUACACGGUGGGCUCCUACGACAGCCUCACCUCCCACAGUGAUUACAUCAUCGAGGACAAAGUGGCUGUGCUGCAGAAACGGGAUCACGAGGGCUUUGGCUUUGUGCUUCGUGGGGCCAAAGCUGAGACCCCCAUUGAGGAGUUCACGCCCACACCUGCCUUCCCAGCACUGCAGUACCUGGAGUCUGUGGAUGUGGAGGGCGUGGCCUGGAGGGCGGGGCUACGCACUGGCGACUUCCUCAUUGAGGUGAAUGGUGUGAAUGUGGUGAAGGUUGGACACAAGCAGGUGGUGGCCCUGAUCCGGCAGGGUGGUAACCGGCUGGUCAUGAAGGUCGUGUCAGUGACCCGCAAGCCUGAAGAAGAUGGAGCUCGCCGCCGAGCCCCACCUCCCCCCAAGAGGGCCCCCAGUACCACAUUGACCCUCCGCUCCAAGUCUAUGACAGCUGAACUGGAAGAGCUUGCCUCAAUUCGGAGAAGGAAAGGGGAGAAGCUGGAUGAGAUCCUGGCAGCGGCUACAGAGCCCACCCUGAGGCCGGACAUUGCGGACGCGGACUCGCGUGCGGCCACCGUCAAGCAGAGGCCCACGAGCCGAAGGAUCACACCAGCCGAGAUCAAUUCACUGUUUGAACGCCAGGGCCUCCCAGGCCCAGAGAAGCUGCCUGGCUCACUGCGUAAGGGGCUUCCGCGGACCAAAUCUGUAGGGGAGGAUGAGAAGCUGGCGUCCCUGCUGGAGGGGCGCUUCCCGCGCAGCUCCUCCAUGCAGGACACGGGUCGCGAGGGCCGCGGUAUCCCACCGCCACCGCAGACUGCGCCACCACCCCCACCUGGCCCCUACUACUAUGACUCGGGCCCACCUCCUGCCUUCUCGCCACCACCACCGCCACCAGGCCGCGCCUACGACACUGUGCGCUCCAGCUUCAAGCCAGGUCUGGAGGCGCGCCUGGGCUCGGGCGCUGCCGGCUUGUAUGAGCCAGGCGCACCUCUGAGCCCUCUGCCCUACCCAGAGCGGCAGAAGCGCGCACGCUCCAUGAUAAUCUUGCAGGACUCGGCACCCGAGGCCACCGACAGUGCCCGACCCCCUCCAGCUGCCACACCACCUGACCGCCUGAAGCGCCGCCCACGGGCACCAGGCCCCGACAGCCCCUAUGCCAACCUGGGAGCCUUCAGCGCCAGCCUCUUUGCACCAUCCAAGCCACAGCGCCGCAAAAGCCCGUUGGUGAAGCAGCUGCAAGUGGAGGACGCCCAGGAGCGUGCAGCGCUGGCGUUCAGCGGCACCGGCGGCCCCGGCUCGGGUAGCUUUGCGCGGGAUCCCUCCCCAACGCACCGUGGGCCUCGGCCGGGUGGUCUGGACUACAGUCCUGGCGAGGGCCCUGGCCUGGCGUUUAGCGGCCCAGGUCCAGCCAAGGACCGGAGGCUUGAGGAACGGCGCCGCUCUACUGUGUUCCUGUCGGUGGGUGCCAUCGAGGGCAGCUCCCCCAGCGCCGACAUGCCCUCCCUGCAGCCGUCUCGCUCCAUCGAUGAGCGCAUCCUGGGAGUCGGCCCUGUACCCAGCCGUGACCUGCUGCUACCCUCCCCUGUGUCUGCGCUGAAACCAUUGGGCAGCAGCCCCAGCCUCGGGCCUUCGGGGUCCACCUUCAUCCACCCGCUCACAGGCAAGCCGCUGGACCCUAGCUCACCCUUGGCUCUUGCCUUGGCUGCCCGCGAGCGGGCUCUGGCCUCCCAGGCACCAUCCCGGUCCCCUACUCCUGUGCACAGCCCCGAUGCCGACCGCCCUGGACCCCUGUUUGUGGACGUCCAGACUCGGGACUCAGACCGUGGGGUCUUGGCUUCACCAGUCUUCUCCCCGAGGAGCCCGGCCUGGGUUCCCGUUCCGGCACGCAGGGAGCCUGAGAAGGCACCGCGAGAGGAGCGGAAGUCCCCAGAUGAUAAGAAGUCCAUGAUUCUCAGUGUUCUGGACACAUCCCUGCAGCGUCCAGCUGGUCUCAUUGUUGUGCACGCCACCAGCAAUGGGCAGGAGCCUGGCGAGCUGGGGGCCGAAGAGGAGCGCCCGGGCACUCCCGAGCUGGCCCCGGCCCCCAUGCAGUCAGCAGCCGCGGUGGCAGAGCCCCUGCCCAGCCCGCGGGCCCCACCUCCCAGCAGCACCCCGGUGGACCCUGGGCCCGGCCAGGGCAGCUCAGAAGAGGAGCCUGAGCUGGCAUUCGCUGUGAACCUGCCCCCAGCCCAGCUGUCCUCCAGUGACGAGGAGACCCGGGAGGAGCUUGCGAGAAUUGGCCUGGUGCCACCUCCUGAAGAGUUUGCAAAUGGGAUCCUACUGGCCACUCCACUCCCUGGCCCAGGCCCUUCACCCACCUUGGGGCCAGGCCCGGCCUCAGGGAAGCCGGGUAGCGAGCCGCCCCCUGCCCCUGAGUCUGCAGCAGACUCUGGUGUGGAGGAGGCCGACACUCGCAGCUCCAGUGACCCCCACCUGGAGACCACUAGCACCAUCUCCACCGUGUCCAGUAUGUCCACCCUGAGCUCAGAGAGUGGGGAGCUCACCGACACCCACACUUCCUUCGCCGACGGACACACUUUUCUACUCGAGAAGCCACCAGUGCCUCCCAAGCCCAAGCUCAAGUCCCCGCUGGGGAAGGGGCCGGUGACCUUCAGGGACCCGCUGCUGAAGCAGUCCUCUGACAGUGAGCUCAUGGCCCAGCAGCACCAUGCCGCCUCCGCUGGGCUGGCCUCUGCCGCCGGGCCCGCCCGCCCUCGCUACCUCUUCCAGAGAAGGUCCAAGCUGUGGGGGGACCCCGUGGAGAGCCGGGGGCUCCCUGGGCCUGAAGACGGCAAGCCGACUGUGAUCAGCGAGCUCAGCUCCCGCCUGCAGCAGCUCAACAAAGACACACGCUCCCUGGGAGAGGAGCCGGUUGGUGGCCUGGGUGGCCUGCUGGACCCUGCCAAGAAGUCACCCAUUGCAGCAGCUCGGCUCUUCAGCAGCCUUGGUGAGCUGAGCACCAUCUCAGCGCAGCGCAGCCCCACAAGCCCGGGCAGCGGGGCCUCCUACACUGUGCGGCCCGGCAGCCGCUACCCGGUGGCGCGGCGCACCCCGAGCCCAGUGAAGCCCGCGUCUCUGGAGCGGGUUGAGGGGCUGGGGGCGGGCGCGGGGGGCGUUGGGCGGCCCUUCGGCCUCACGCCCCCCACCAUCCUCAAGUCGUCCAGCCUUUCCAUCCCGCACGAGCCCAAGGAGGUGCGCUUCGUGGUGCGCAGCGUGAGUGCGCGCAGCCGCUCACCCUCGCCUUCGCCGCUGCCUUCGCCUGCACCUGGCCCCAGUGCCCCGGGCCCACGCCGGCCCUUCCAGCAGAAACCAAUGCAACUCUGGAGCAAGUUUGACGUGGGCGACUGGCUGGAGAGCAUCCACCUGGGCGAGCACCGCGACCGCUUCGAGGACCAUGAAAUCGAGGGCGCGCACCUGCCGGCGCUCACCAAGGACGACUUUGUGGAGCUGGGCGUCACGCGCGUGGGCCACCGCAUGAACAUCGAGCGCGCGCUCAAACAGCUGGAGGGCAGCUGA